GGCAGUAGCUGAGCGUUGAUUAUAUCCACUGGCUUCAUGUGGCCUUUGAACCCAUUGUUGUGUCGCGGGUGACGUCAGUGCCGUGUGCGGGAGACGGAGCGGCGUGCGCCUGGCUAGACAAAGGCGGCGGACGGACCGGGGUCAGGCAGCAGUAGAGAGCCGAGAAUCACUGUUUUUAUACAUAAAAGGGAACUCCCAGGCUUGGAUCUAAGCUCGGUGUUGUUGACGAUACGGAGAAUGAAGACUCAGCUACCACCCUAGGAGUACGCUUUGACUCUCCAGUAAGAGGAAAAACAACAGUGCCCUAUUUUCGAUUUUUAACGUUUUUUCUUCAACGCCCCCAUUUAGCCUGCUAGUUAGCUAACGCGCUAGCUCUUAGCGCUGCACCGCACAGCACUGAUCUUCUCCUUGCUGCUUCACGCCUUUUCUUCAAGAGGUGGACGACAAGCGAAAAGAGCACAUUAAAGGCUAGACAAACAAAGUGAGCGCACUCCCAACAAACAGGCAUCCGUGAUCUGAUGUGAGAUCAACGGAGAGACUAUGCCUAGCCCUUUAUUCCACCCCGAGAUUAUGGACCACGACGUGGUGAUCAGCAGCCAACACAACAGUGUCGGUUUGUCCCGGGAAACGGAUCAAGAGUCCCGGGAAGAGGAUCACCAAGAGGCGCUCCGCUUUGCCCUGGACCAGCUGUCACGAAUGGCCAUAGAGAAGGUGGACUGUGGGGGCGGCGGCGGUAGUGGAGGCAGCGGACUUGUCGACACUCUGGAUGCGAACCAGGGUCCGGGCUCUGAGAGCUGCAAUGGUGUGGGUGGAGGUGGCUACAUGGAUCUACAGAUGCUGGAUCAUCCCAGUGGGUCCCGGGACUCACCAACAUCGUGCUCUCCGUCUCCGGAGUACUACGGUUCAAGCGGGUACCACAUGGCCGGCUCACACUCCAUGCUCCACGGGGAACAAAGCUCAGUCCUCUCCAACAGGAAAAGAAGCGUCAACAUGACGGAAUGUGUGCCUGUCCCCAGCUCUGAGCAUGUGGCUGAAAUAGUAGGGAGACAAGGGUGUAAGAUCAAGGCUCUUCGGGCUAAAACAAACACCUACAUAAAGACUCCAGUCAGAGGCGAGGAUCCGGUGUUCAUCGUAACGGGACGCCGGGAGGAUGUGGAGAUGGCCAAACGUGAAAUUGUAUCUGCGGCUGAGCAUUUCUCUAUGAUCCGGGCGUCUCGUUGCAAAGCAGGAGGAGGAGGAGCAGGAGGAGGAGGAGGAGGUGGCUCUCUUCCUGGUCCGCCUCAUCUACCGGGACAGACCACCAUACAGGUGAGAGUGCCCUACAGAGUGGUUGGUUUAGUUGUUGGACCAAAGGGAGCAACAAUCAAACGUAUCCAGCAGCAGACCCACACCUACAUUGUGACACCCAGCCGAGAGAAAGACCCGGUGUUUGAGGUGACUGGGAUGCCAGAGAACGUGGACAGAGCGAGAGAGGAAAUUGAGACUCACAUCACUCUGCGAACAGGAACCUUUGUAGACCUUCAAGGAGACAAUGACUUCCACACCAACGGCACUGAUGUCAGCCUCGAAGGUCUCGGCUCCUUGAGUGCAGGGCUCGGAGCAUCCCUGUGGUCCAGGGCUUCAAGCCAUCAUUCAGCCCCGCCCCCUCCUCCCCCAUCUCCACCACCUUCUCUUCCCAUGUCCAUGCACCACUCCUCAAAUCGGAAGAUGUCCUCUUCUGUUGCAUAUCACACGCACAAUGGUGGGAUGAGCUCGGACAGCUUCAGCACCACCCGAAAGGCCAAUGAGGGCGGUAGCCCAACCAGCCCUUUUAGCACAGGCUCCAGCAGUGCUGGAGGUGGGUUCACAUUUGGGGGUGACUCUACCCCAGGUCUGCCACCCUCAGAUGAACUAGGCUUUGAGUUCAGUGCUUCCAACAUCUGGGCGCCUUUCGUCAAUGGCGGUGCAGGCAAUAAAACAGCUGGCGCCUCCCAGCAGCAGCCUCUACGUCGCAACAGCAGCGGCCUCAGCGGCGGUGCCAUCACUCCACGAUUGUCUCCAACUCUGCCUCAGGACACGGGCGUUGGCCCCCUGGAUCACCCACUGGCACGUCGUGCCCAGAGUGACCCCCUCAGCACUCUCUCCUGGCUACAGUCUGGCAGUGCAGGUGGCGGUUCCUUCUCUGGAGCUUCGAGCUCCAGCUCUGGGGGCUCAUCAACCGGCUACUCCUCCUGCUCUGCCUCCUCCCUUCCAGGCGGCUCACCCACUGACUCCGAGGGAGGCAGCAGCGGCAUAGCUCUCAGCUCUGGGAUGCUAAGCCGUCUGAAAGGCGGCUCCGGCCCAGGGGUUGCAAGCUUGGUUGGCGUUAGCCCUGGGGUCAACAGGGACUGCUUUGUGUGUUUCGAGAGUGAGGUGACAGCAGCUCUGGUGCCUUGUGGCCACAACCUUUUCUGCAUGGAGUGUGCUGGGCAAAUCUGCCAGUCAGCUGAGCCAGAAUGUCCCGUCUGUCACACUCCUACCACACAGUGCAUCCGCAUCUUCUCAUAAUGCUCCAGGAAACUGAGGGGGGGGGUAUGAGGGUUUUGGGUGGGUGCAGGAAGGGUGUUGAGUGGGGCACCAGCUGUGGUGGAGACAAUGGAAGGAUUCACACUAAUAAACCUUCACAAACACAACGGAUCAUAAUAAAUGCAUUAAUAUAGAUGAUGAUAAUAUACAGAUGUUGAUAUAUUGCUGAUAACUGUCAAGAUUAAUAACAUCAACAAUAAUAAUAAUAAUAAUAAUGACAAUGACUUAUUUUCAGAGGGAAGUGAAUUGAAACUGGUCAACAGUCUCUCAGCGGUGAACUUAUGGAAGGAAACUAGUGUCUUAUCUCUCUUCAGGCCUUCAUUUCGACCCGGUGCAGCCGGCUCUGCUGGCUGUCGGUCUGUCUCCACAUGUCUUCAUUCUGGCUUCUUCAGAUUUCUGCCUGCUUUCACAGCCUUUCCUUUUGACACUUUUGUACUCGACAGAUAUUUUUCGAUGAAGCUGUUAAUGAGGCCUGCACUUUUCUACUCCUAAUUUUAAUGUUCUCAACCUGUUCCAACAAAUCCCUUUCUCCUCCGCGAUCACUCAUGCUCUAUUUUUUGUGACAAGAAGCGAGAAGGGUUCUCUCUUUUCCUUUUCCUUUCUGAGCUUGGAAAGCCUUUUUUCUUAUUUAAAGGUUGACUUGUUGUCGGGCACCUGGCAGAACACUACACUAAAGGUACCUGUUAAGGAUGAAUUCCUGUUUCUUGUUGCCACACAAAAUUUAGCCAUCAGUAAAUAAGCCAAAUGAAUGCUAUGAAUAGGCGUCAAUAAUUCUUGAUUCAAUGUCAGUAAUGAGUUGGAUGAAUUUGGAUGAUUCUGCUCCACGUUUUGAAUGUGGCUGUUGAAUUUAUUCUUAUUGAUUAUCCUUUUAAUAGGUGGGGAAAAAUAUGGUUCAGUGAUGCUGACUGUGGUCAGUUAGGAAGUUUGGGCUGCCUGACAAUCCCUUUACAUUUAUUUCCUUCUUCUGUGUGUAUGUGUUGAUGUGUAUGCAAGAGAAUAAUGCCCACUUAUAUUCAUGAGUGUCAGUGUGUCAUCGCUAUGAGAGGGUCUGUUUUCUGUCCAUCACUCUUGUCUUUAAGGAAGGCAUUGCUCUGAUUCAUCCACACUAGAACAUUAUCCUGUCACAUCCUGUGUCUGUUACACUGCUUAUUUUAGUGUUUUUUACUAGUUUAUGACUCUUGACUGUCUAGUGUGUGGCCAACAGACUUAUUUUGAACUCUAGGAUGAGAUAGGGCUUUUCUGAUGUCACACAAGAAUGUUUUGUUCACUACGGUUAAGGAGAGAAGACUGCUUCUCCUACACGACACAAUAAAAAAGGGGCUUGAUUGAACCUUUACCCUCCCCCCCAUGCACUGUACCCCAGUCCCUUUUUAAAAACAAAAAGGAAAAAAAAAAACAGCUCUUACCGUUUUUGUUAGGUUUUGGUCUUCCACCCCUCUCAGCAGCAAAGCUGUAUGGCACUCUCUCAGAUGACACACUGUUGUAUCCAUAUAGCGCUGUACUCUUGGCAAAAUGUAGUGCGCUAUAUGGUUUAGUAGUUUUGAGAUUUGUCCUGUGUUUCAUAGCAUUACUGAGUAACCUGAGGCAGGUACAGCCUGUUUUGUGUUUGUGUUUUUUAAAAAGUUUCAGUGUGAGUUUGCAGUAACUGCCUCAUUUAGUGUUUAAUACAACAUGAUUUGGGCGACGCUGGUGUGAUGGUUGUUGUCGGUGGCCCUUUUGAGCAUAUGUGGAACCAGCACAUAGAGUGAGACAAGCCAUGACAACUGAAUUAAAACACACCUAAUUCUCAAGGGCUUCCUCUGACUGCACAGACACAUAAUCACAUUUUCAGGCUCACAUAGUAGAAAAGAUCAACUUAUUCUUUAUGGCAGCUAGUAGCUAGGUCAUCCAGGGCUUCCAGACACUCUGUGUUCAAUCCCAGCAGCUGCAGAAUGUUUUGCUUUAUUAAUUAUUUUUCCAAGUAUCUCUACACGCUCAUUGCAUCCAGAUCUUGUUGGAGUGUAGAGUCAUUGCAGUCAGUGUGUCAUCCUGCCUGGACAUUAUCACAGAUCAAUACAGAUUGCAGGGUUUAAUAUUAUAAGAUGAAAGUUAACUCUCUCAGUAAGGAAUUGUGCAGUUGCUGUUGUGCUUUGGUGCUCCAGUUAGUAUAACGUCAAACUUAUUUGCUGUUUUGACCGUUUGUUUGCUACUUAUGGGACAAUAACAGUGUCUCCACUGUGACUGUCCCAGUUGAGCGCAGCAGUACGUGGACAGUUUUAAGGAAGCCUGCCCAGUAGCUGAGCUAGUAGUCUUUGUGAAGACCAGUCCUUGGUGCUUUGGUGCAACUCCCUACUGAAUUAUAAAGAUGAACAAAAGUCAUUAGUGGGAGGCCAUUUAGUUCUCAGACUAACAUCUCCAGUGCACUAUAGACCCUGUUUCUAAGCCCUGUUUUCAUUCUUGUUGUCCCCCUCCCCCUGUGGGACUGCUGUGUUGAAACCGGCAACACCCCCUUCCUGUCGGGCUUAGUUGCUUUCCGUAUCUUCUCCUUCACACUCGAAACAGAUGCAGGGCUGCGAAUGUGUCUGAAUGAACAGAUAUGUGAUGGUCUGUGAGUCUGUUGGGGCCACUCUUGAAGCCCUCUUUAAACUGUCCAAGUUAAAAUGUUAAAGAAAAAAAAUUGUGUUGUAUUUGCCAGAUGGGUUAAAUAUAAAUCCUGGCAUUACCCCGGGAUGCUUCUGGCCAAUGAGAGAAUGUUAGGGUUAAUGUACAGUAGUUUUAAUUGUUAAAAGGUACAAUUUUUUUCAGAUUGACUGCUACUUUUUAUUUUUUAGCCAAUUGUUUCCCCUCCCCCAAUUCCUUUUUAAAGGUUUUAAAACAGGGUUUCCUGAGGCAUGCUAGUCAGUGACCUCUGACCUUUUUUGUGAUUAGAAGGGGGAUGCAAAGAGAGCCAUGUCAGUAAGGGGUGACAGACUCCCCUUUAAGCCUCCGCUCUCCUAUUUUUUUGCUUUAAUUAUCUUUGUAUGCAGAACCAAAAUGUAAAAUGUUAGCAAACUAGGUUUCAGGCCUAACCUGUGUGUGUAUAUACCCUGGAUACAAUCAACGGGAUCUUUUUGUUUUCAAAAACAAAAUGACUUAAUUGAAAAUAAGUGUAGUUUCUAAAGAACAUGUAUCAUUAUUUGUAAGUUAACCAUCUGCAUGUCUUCAAGCCACCUGGCAUUAGCUAAUAAUUUUUAAGGUGAAAAAAAAAAAAACAACAAAAAAAAACAACAAAAAAAAACUUUGUACACGUUUUAUUUUUUACAAUUUAUUUGCUUAC